UCCGUACCUAGUUGUCAAGUGGUUACGUAGUGUCGAGCUUCAGAGCUGUCAGCAACACCAGCCUCAUCCUCCCACAACAUCCUCUGAAUAAACAUCAUAACUUUAACUAUCUCGAAUACAAUUAUGGGUGGAGAAACUUCCGAGGUAGCAAAGCUCAAGAGCUCAUAUCCCACGCGGUCUGCGCAUCCUGUGGGACAAUGGAUACCCGACAUCUACAAGAAUCGCAUUGCCGGUUUCUACAGUGGGGGACAAUAUGAGUCCAAGAACUUGCGGGCUAUGAUGUAUGAGGGCGUCGCCUCAGGGCCACCUCAUGUCAAGCUCUCCGUGUGGGAUGCGCCCGAUCUCUCUCGACCUACCUUCAAAGAAGCAAUGCGCCAUGAAUUCAGACCUACCUCGGUCGGUGAAUGGUUUGGACCAUCAUGGUCGACCCAUUGGUUUAAAGUCCAGCUCACCGUCCCAUCCGAGCUUCGCAAAAAGGACCUCCUCGAGCUCCACUGGGAUGCGAACAAUGAGGGUAUGGUCUGGACUGAGGAUGGAAAUCCUCUCCAAGGGUUGACUGGAGGCGGAGAGCGAACAGAAUGGAUAUUGCCUGAGAAAUUCCGAGACGGAAAAGAGCACACUAUAUAUAUCGAGAUGGCUUGCAAUGGCAUGUUUGGCAAUGCGCCCGGCGGAGACACGAUUCAGCCGCCUGACCCCAACAAAUACUUCCAAUUAGGGAAGGCUGAAAUUGUGGCCGUCAAUGUUGAAGCUCGUCAGUUAUACAUUGAUAUUUGGAUCAUAGGAGAUGCAGCUAGAGAGUUCCCGACGGAUUCGUGGGAACAGCACAAGGCGUUGAGGGUUGCCAAUGAGAUCAUCGAGACUUUCGAAGUCGGCAAUCAAGACUCGAUUAUAAAAGGCCGCAAGAUUGCUCAAGAAUACCUGGGCAAGAACGUGAGCUCAUCUGAGGUCUACAAAACCGGAACAAAGCCAAUCGUCUACGGCAUUGGUCACUGCCACAUCGAUACAUGUUGGCUCUGGCCAUGGGCUGAGACAAAGAGGAAGGUUGCUAGAUCUUGGUCGAAUCAGUGUGACUUGAUGGAUCGCUACCCCGAGCAUCGGUUUACUUGCUCUCAGGCGCAGCAAUAUAAGUGGCUAAAGGAAUAUUAUCCUUAUGUCUUUGACCGAGUGAAAGAGAAGGUCAAGAAAGGUACAUUCCAGCCAGUUGGAGGUAGCUGGGUUGAACAUGAUACCAACAUGCCUAGUGGCGAGUCACUUGUCCGACAGUUUCUGUACGGCCAACGGCUUUUCGAAAGCUAUUUUGGAGAGAGAUGUCGGACUUUCUGGUUGCCUGAUACUUUUGGUUACUCGAGCCAACUUCCGCAAUUGUGCCGCCUGGCAGGUAUGACACGAUUUUUCACACAGAAAUUGAGUUGGAACAACAUAAAUAAGUUCCCACACACCACUUUCAACUGGGUGUCUCUCGAUGGUAGCCAAGUUAUAUGUCACAUGUGCCCAGCAGAGACAUAUACCGCAGAGGCGCAUUUUGGCGACGUGAAAAGGUCAGUGAGUCAGCACAAGUCGAUGGAUCAAGAUGAGACUUCGCUGUUGGUUUUUGGAAAAGGCGAUGGAGGUGGAGGACCAACUUGGGAGCAUUUAGAGAAGCUUCGUCGCUGCCGUGGAAUAAGCGACACGGUCGGUAUGCUACCUAGAGUGCAUAUGGGUGACUCCGUGGAGGACUUCUUCGACCGCCUCGAGAACAGGGUUUCCGAGGGUCUUGAUCUCGUAACAUGGUAUGGCGAGUUAUACUUUGAGCUGCACCGCGGUACCUACACAACCCAGGCAAACAACAAGCGCAACAAUAGGAAAGCCGAGAUUAUGCUCCGUGAUAUUGAGCAGCUGGCUACAUUUGCAAGCAUUAAAUCUGGAUUCAAAUAUCCCAAGGAGGAUAUUGACGACAUGUGGGAGGCAGUGCUUCUAUGCCAGUUCCACGAUUGUCUUCCUGGUAGUUCCAUUGAGAUGUGUUACGAUGACAGUGACGAGCUCUAUGCCAAAGUAUUCGAGACUGGCAAGAGAAUUCUGAAAGAGCUUUAUGCCUCUCUUGGCGUCCAGGAGGUCACCAAUUCCAACACCAAGAGCAGUAGGGCUGCCCUGAACACUGUGCCAGUUGCCCUGAAUACCAUGCCAUGGCACCGGAGGGAGAUCAUUGCCAUUGGCAACAAGCAAGUUGGUGUAGCCUGUGGUGAUGGCAAUUUGCUAAACAUUAAGACUUUCAAAAUUGCUGAGACACCAGAAGUAACUGUCAAGGAGACUACAAAAGGUGUAUUUGUCUUGCAGAACGAUCAGCUGCGUGUCCAGGUCGUUAACGGAACAAUCACUUCGCUUUAUGACCGAAAGGCCGAAAGGGAGUUAAUCCCUAAAGGGGGGAAGGCCAAUCAACUUGUGAUUUUCGACGACAAGCCUCUUUAUUGGCAAGCUUGGGAUGUUGAAGUCUUUCACUUGGACUCGCGAAAGGAGCUCUCCUCAGGUGAGACGAAAAUCGUGCAAAGCGACGCGCAUCAAGUCACUGUCAUGACCGAGACCAAGAUCAGCGACAAGAGUUGGGCAAAGACAUACAUUAGUCUGUCGGCUGCUUUCAAGGAUCAGCAGUCCUAUGUUGAGAUGCACAGCGAGGUUGAGUGGAGGGAGGACAUGAAGUUCCUGAAGGUUGAAUUCCCUGUCGAUAUCCGGAACACCGAGGCAUCUUACGAGACCCAAUUCGGCAUUGUCCGAAGACCAACACAUUAUAACACGACCUGGGAUAUGGCCAAAUUCGAAGUCUGCUGCCAUAAAUUUGCUGACCUUUCUGAGCAUGGCUAUGGUGUCUCUAUUCUGAACGACAGCAAGUACGGUUUUGCCACCUGCGGAAACCUCAUGCGCCUCUCUCUCCUUCGUGCCCCGAAGGCGCCUGAUGCGCAUGCAGACAUGGGCCGCCACCACAUUCGCUGGGCUAUUCUUCCACAUCAAGGGGAUCUCGGCUCUACCACGGUCCGCACUGCGUACAACUUUAAUAAUCCCUUGAAGCUAGUCCAGGCACCACAGACCAUCGAAUCCAGUGCUUUCAGCAAGCCGAUCAAGUUGACUGGCAACCCAUCCUUAGUCCUUGACACGAUCAAGAGAGGUGAGGAUGAUGUGGAUGUCAGUCGAGGUACAUUGAUGGUCAGGAACGGCAAGAGCGUAAUCCUACGUAUCUACGACAGUUUGGGGGGCACAAGCAAAGGCACGAUUGAGACAACACUUGAUGUAAAGAAGGUUUGGAAGACGAAUAUCCUGGAGGAUGACGAGGAAGAGUAUGCGAUUGAGGAUGGGAAGAUUGGAAUCACCCUGAAACCUUUCGAGGUUGCAACGUUCAGGCUGCAGCUUUAGUAGACCAGCAUGAAUAUGGGAGAUUGACGGCCCUUUGUU